AGGAGUGGAGGCGGCGGAGAGGAGGCGGCACGGCCGCAGCAGAGAGCCGGGGCUGGCGGGAGCAGCGAUGCUCGGGCGGCGGAGCGGCGGGAUGCGGCGGGGCCGGGGCGCGGCGCUGGCGGCGCUGGCCGCGGUGCUGCUCGUGGCUGUGGCCAGAGCCCAGGUCCAGCAGGAGCCACGGCUGGAGACCACCGAGAACACCGGCAUCAACAUCAGCUGCUCACAUCCCAAAAUCCAGACCGGAGACUGGAUCCAGUGGUACCGUCAGCUCCCGGGCCGAGGACCCGAACUGCUCGCGCUCACUGUGAAAGAGUCCAAAGAGCUGCCGGACAUUGCGGGCGGUCUGUGGGUGUCGGCAGAUCGCCGGAGCAGCGCGCUGUGGCUCCGGCGGCCCCGGCGCGGGGACGCGGCCGUGUAUUACUGCGCGCUGGGGGACACGGGCAGAGGAGCCGGGGCUGCGGCCGGGCACGAACCGCCGCGGGCGGGGCCGGGCGGGGCCGGGGCCGCAGCGCCGCCCGCGGCCAGCAGGGGGCGCUGCCGCUCGGCCGCCGGGCCUCAGGCGGCUCCGCAGCUCCUUCCUGCGCAGCGACCCCGCGCACACCGCGCCCGACACAGCCCUGCACGGCCGCCGGACACACGGCUCGCACAGCCUGCCCCCUGCGCUUACACACUCGGCACGCACUGCCCGGCCUCCCCUCCGCCCCUCUGCCUCCUCUGCCUGGCAGGAAACUGCUGCGGGCUGCGGCUCUGCCAUGGCCUUUGGCCCUCUGGGCGCGUGCAUUGCUCUUCUCAGCCUGCUUUGCAAAGCAGAGCUGCUCCUUCAGGCCAGCAUCUGUGGUGGGAGCUGACAAAGCAGCUGCGCUGGCAGGCACACAUGGUCUCAUAAAUGGAGUGCCGUCACCUCAGUAGGUCCCAGCGGGAGAGAUGUUUGCAGGGAGUCUUGCUGAGGUGACAGGGAAAUCUCCAUCUCUGUCCCUGGGGAAAAGUC